UAUUAUAAAACUUUUUCAAUUCCACUAGGAAUUUAGAAGCCCUACUUAAUUUUCGAAAUGUUAUUACUUAAAAGAAUAAAAUCUCUUAAUUACGCAACAAAAUGUAUAAUCCAUAGAUAUAGUUCUACAGAAGUAAGGGUGAGAUUUGCGCCUAGUCCAACUGGAUAUUUACAUUUGGGAGGUCUUCGGACAGCCUUGUACAAUUACUUGUAUGCCAAACAUCAUAAUGGAAAAUUCUUGCUGCGGAUUGAGGAUACUGAUCAAACCCGUCUUGUGGCAGGUGCUAUGGAAAGUUUAGUUGAAGAUUUACAAUGGGCUGGCAUAGAAAUAGACGAAGGACCCGGCUCAAGGGUGCCGGGAUCUUAUGGACCCUACAUACAGAGUCAACGUACCAAACUAUAUUUAGAUCAUGUUAAAAUACUGCUGGAAAAUGGAUCAGCUUAUCGUUGCUUUUGUACAGAACGAAGAUUAGACUUGUUGCGGAAGGAGGCCUUACGUACUAGACAAGUACCCAAAUAUGAUAAUAAAUGUCGUCAUCUUUCACAAAAACAAAUUGACGAGCUUUUAGCUAAAUCGACACCAUUUUGUAUUCGUUUCAAAUUGGACGACUACGAGGAACCACUUAAUGACUUGAUUUAUGGUCCAGUACAUCACAAUGUUAGCCAAAAUGAAGGCGAUCCAGUGAUUAUAAAAUCUGAUGAAUUUCCAACAUAUCAUUUUGCCAAUGUUGUUGAUGAUCACUUGAUGAAUAUAUCGCAUGUGUUUCGUGGUGUCGAAUGGCAGAUAUCCACUACCAAACAUUUGCUGUUGUAUAGAGCUUUCGGUUGGACACCACCAGAAUAUGGCCAUUUGCCUCUCUUGGUUAAUGCAGAUGGAACUAAAUUAAGUAAACGCCAGGGCGAUAUAGGCAUUAAGAACUUCAGAGAUAAGGGCUAUUUUCCAAUUGCCUUGCUGAACUAUGUGGUCUCUGCCGGUGGUGGUUUUCCUCAUGAGCAAUUUUCCAAACCAAAGGUGUAUACCUUACCUGAACUUUCAGAAAAGUUCAAUAUUGAAAAAGUCAAUUCACAUCCAAGUCGUUUAAAUCCCGAAGUUCUCGAUGAUUUCAAUCGUCUGCAAAUUACCCAGUUAUUACAGUCUGAAGAGUCAACAAUGGAAUUGGUUAAAACGGUUCGAGGGCUUGUACAGUCAACAUAUCCUACAGAAACAAAUCUCGAUCUUAAUACAGACCAUAUACGAAACAUUUUGAAAUGGUCUUCAAACCGAUUAACAUUUAUUAAGGAUUUAACAUCGCCAAAAUUAAGUUUCUUAUGGGUAAAACCUGCAAACUUUAAACUUGAUGUUAUCAGUAAAGACCAACAACAAAUCUUAUUGGACAUUCUUCUAACAACUGAAGAUUUUACAAAGGACAACGUAAACACAGUCCUAAAGGAAUACAGCAAGCAAAAUGAUAUAAAGUUUCCAAUUCUUAUGAAAUCAUUAAGGUCUGCUUUAAGUGGUUUAAAAGAAGGACCAGGUGUGGCUGAAAUGAUGGAAAUACUAGGUAAAGAAGUGGUAUUAGAAAGACUUUCAGAUGCAAUGGAAGCAUGCAAAGUGCCAACAGAGAAAGAAACUGUUUUGUGUAACAAAUAAUCUUCUGAAGGCAUUUAAUAAAUAUGAUUUGUAUAUAAAUAAUUAAUGUAAAUAAAAUAUGUAUUUAUUUCAAAAUUGUAUAAAUA